GCAGCAGAAAGAUGGUAAAGAAGAAGAAGAAGGAGAAUAAAUGGCAAUGGCUGCCUUAUCGUCUUUCUUCAUCGCUGCGCCAGUAUCCACCCCCUAGAAUUGAUCUCCAAGCUCAAGUUAAUCCAUGCCGGUGGAACCUCGAAAUUAGGUCCCAGCGGAUUUCCAGCUCGAAAAGUGAUGGUCCUGGGCGUAGGCGGGUGUGGAGGCGAAGAAAAUUGACAAAGAAGGAUGAGUUUCUGGAACCCAAUUGGAAAAGAGUUCCUUCCUUGAAGAAACAGGUCAGGAAGAUAAGAGACGGGGGGAAGCUCCUGACCAUGGAUAUCCAUAGACUACUAUUAUCUGAGGAUAAACCGAUUUUGAUUUUGUGA